CGCUGGAGCCCUGAUGAAGCUGCUGCCUUUAUAUACAACUCUUAAACUGUUUCGUGCCACCAAAACACACACAGAACGUUUAGGGUCGAAAACUACCUCUGCGCACAAGUUUAAGCCACGUAAAACCAAGAGAGCCCUAAAAUCAUGAACGUUUGGUCACUCCGUGGUUUAGCAACCGGAAGAAGUUUUGAGAAGAGCCUUACAUCGCUAACGCAUCGCUGGACAGACGGUCGUUGUGAAAGAGCAAAGGUACAAUGUUUUGUUCUGUCCGUCCAGUAUUUGACGGGCUGGUCCUCUACCAGCUCUCUAAACUGGACCCAGAGUGGCGGACAACGGUGAGUCUUUUCAGCCUCUUUACAAGAAGUUGACCGGCUGCCAGGCGACCUCGGCUGACUGGAGACAGUGAGAUAUCUAACAUAUCUGAAAAUGUUAGUACUGAUGUGUAUCACAAUAACAAGGUCAACAACACCCUGGGUGUUCGUACUUGUGCGAAGAGACGAGCGCGAUCUGAGUUGCAACCUGUCGUGGAUGCGGACUUUUCUGCUUCAGUAUAAUCCAGGGCACACGUGAUGCGCAAAUCACUUUUGUAGCAACAUCUCUCAUUUGUCAGAUGGAAAUCCGCUGUUUCUUAUGAUUUAAGCCAGGAGCUUAACAUAUCUGAGGGUUUUUCCGUUUUCUUUUCUUUUUUUCUUUUUUAUUUCACACUGCUGUACCAGCAUCAUCACUCGCGCAUCAUGCCAACUUUUGCUCCCGUUGCGUUUGUCUCGUAGUGGAGAGAACUAAAAAUUGUGGAUGCCUGAAUGAAUGGGGAUCGUGCACUGUUUUAUGUGCUUGUCCAGACAUUGUCCAGACGUGAGAGUCUAUUGUUCUCAUUUGUGUAUCCGUUUUGAGCCAAGAACAAACAGACAACCGAGAACACGUCACAUUAGACCGCCAAUGUCGAAGAAACGCAAAAGUCCAGACGACGGCGGCGGCGAGGAUUCCCUUCUACAAGGUCUGACAGAUGAGAAAGUGAAGGCUUAUCUCUCCCUUCACCCGCAGAUGCUGGAUGAGUUUGUACUGGAGAGCGUGAGUGCGGAGACCGUAGACAGAUGGCUGAAGCGGAAAAACAGCAGUCAGCCUGCAGAUGAAUCUUCAGCUGAAGAUAUCAGCAGGUAUCAGGACACAAAUAUGCAGAGCGUCGUAUAUGAGCUCAACAGCUACAUGGAGCAGCGGCUGGACACUGGAGGUGACAACAAACCACUGCUCUAUGAGCUGUGCAGCAUCAUCAAAACAGCCACAAAAGCUGAUGGAUUUGCACUUUACUUCCUUGGAGAAUGCAACAAUAGUUUAUGUUUGUUCACUCCGACGGGGGCAAAAGACGGGCUUCCUGGGCUUAUUCCCUCUGGUCCCAUCACAUUUGGGACCACCAUUGCCGCUCACGUUGCAAAGACACACAAGACACUACUUGUCGAGGACAUCAUGGGGGACGAGAGGUUCCCUCAUGGCACAGGGCAGGACUCAGGGAUUCGUAUACAUUCUGUUUUGUGUCUACCCAUCCUCACUGCAAUCGGAGACCUCAUCGCUAUCCUGGAGCUGCACCGACACAUGGGCAGAGAGCCCUUCAACCUCAGCCACCAGGAGGUUGCAACAGCAAAUCUGGCCUGGGCAUCUGUAGCCAUACAUCAAGUCCAGGUCUGCAGAGGUCUUGCCAAACAGACGGAACUAAAUGACUUUCUCCUAGAUGUGUCAAAAACAUACUUUGACAACAUAGUGGCAAUAGAUUCUCUACUUGAACAUAUCAUGAUAUAUGCAAAAAACCUGGUUAAUGCAGACAGAUGUGCGCUCUUCCAGGUAGAUCACAAUAAUAAAGAGCUGUACUCUGACCUGUUUGACAUCGGGGAGGAGAAUGAAGGGAAACCCGUUUUUAGGAAAACCAAAGAAAUUAGGUUUUCUAUAGAGAAAGGAAUAGCAGGUCAGGUGGCAAGAACAGGAGAAGUUUUGAAUAUUCCGGAUGCCUAUGCAGACCCCCGUUUCAACAGAGAAGUAGAUCUCUACACUGGCUACACGACGCGUAAUAUCCUGUGCAUGCCAAUAGUCAGCCGCGGGAGUGUGAUUGGUGUUGUACAAAUGGUGAACAAGCUGGGAGGAAGUGCCUUCACUAAAACUGAUGAGAACAACUUUAAAAUCUUUGCCGUCUUCUGUGCUUUGGCCUUACACUGUGCAAAUAUGUAUCACCGGAUAAGACAUUCAGAGUGCAUUUACCGGGUGACGAUGGAGAAGCUUUCGUACCACAGCAUCUGCACGUCAGAGGAGUUGAAGACCCUUACACAACUCUCCCUCCCUUCAGCCAUAUAUAAAGAGAUCGAACUGUUUCACUUUGACAUUGCUCCUUUUGAGGAUCUUUGGCCUGCAAUAUUUGUAUACAUGGUUCACAAUUCAUGUGGAAAAACCAGCUUUGAACAGGAGAAACUGUGUCGCUUCACGAUGUCAGUGCGGAAAAAUUACAGACGAGUUCCAUACCACAACUGGAAACAUGCUGUGACGGUGGCACACUGCAUGUACGCCAUCCUGCAAAAAACAACUGGGAUCUUCACUGAACUUGAGAGGAAAGGUUUGCUUGUUGCCUGCUUAUGUCAUGACCUGGACCACCGCGGCUACAGUAACAGUUAUCUGCAGAAGUUUGACCAUCCACUGGCUGCUCUGUAUUCCACAUCCACCAUGGAACAGCAUCACUUUUCACAGACGGUGUCCAUCUUACAGCUGGAAGGGCACAAUAUUUUCUCCAACCUGACUUCCAGUGAGUAUGAGCAGGUGCUGGAGAUCAUCAGGAAGGCCAUCAUCGCUACAGACCUUGCUUUGUACUUUGGCAACCGCAAGCAGCUGGCUGAACUGAUGGCCACAGGGGCGCUGGACCUGAACAACCGUGCUCACAGGGACCGUGUGAUCGGUCUUAUGAUGACGGCCUGUGAUCUCUGCUCUGUGACCAAACUGUGGUCCGUCACACGACUCACAGCCAAUGACAUCUAUGCUGAGUUCUGGGCUGAGGGGGAUGAAAUGAAGAAGAUUGGAAUGCAGCCCAUCCCUAUGAUGGAUAGGGAUAAAAAGGAUGAGGUUCCCCAGGGACAGGUGGGGUUUUACAAUGCUGUGGCUAUUCCCUGUUACACAACCAUGUCAGAGCUGUUUCCUCCCUCCAGUCCUCUGCUUACAGCCUGCAGGGAAAACCUGGCCCAAUGGGAACAAAUCGUGCAAGGAGAGGACACGUCUGCGUGGGCUUCCACUGACGAAGCUGAACUGAGCAAAACAUCAGACAGUGGACCAGUAAAAGUGGACAAUUAAAUCCCUGGGACCUGUCCCACAGUGCCUCCUACAGUACACCCUGCCAGACACACUGGACUUCCUAUGGACAGUCCCAUAUCCUGUAGAGACAGAAGAAAGCGCAGAGGGCAAGCAGGGAUGGAUACAUUCAGAAAAAAGAAACACAACAUAAUGUUACCUCAGUGGGUGAUGGAGGCGUACACUCUAAUGACAUCAGGGCUCCCCCCAUUGAUGUUUGGGACUCAAGUCCACUCUGUGUGGGAUAACUUCAGCAGAAUGACAGUACUUUUCCUUAGGAGGUUGCUUCUGCAUAUUUUUAUUUAGAUGAUUAUUUUUAUUUAUCUCGGUUUCUUUCCUGGUCUUACAUUUGAAGAGGCCUUAAAUACGAACCUGAGUUACGAUCUGGUUGGGUGACUCGUAACUAGAAGAUGGUUCGUGUAGUUUAAAAUGGUACUUUUUUAUCCUGCUGUGGUCACAAAUGUUGUACACAAAGCUACUUGAAUGGAUACAUUUUUAAGACAGACAGAAAGAAUGUUAAGUUGCAGUUAAGGUGCAUGAGGCACGAUAAACCCAUCGCUCUGGUGGUCUGAUGGAUGUUUUAUAUAAUAUUUUGAGCAAAAAUGUUUUGCAGUACUUGAAUGAAGAAAUACAGCCUAUUCUGAAUGGAGCUGAAAACAAAAAUCCCCUAAAGCGUGUCCUUCCAAAUCAAAGAGCUUUUGUGAUGGCAUAAGUUUCACUCUGAACCUUACGAGAGUCACACACAAGUCACGGUGUUCCUCACUGAGAUCUUCAGCAUCUUAGAACCUGAUGUGAAGUUUAACCCGUUGAAGCUCAUAGUGUUAUUGACAUUUAAAAGGGGUCAAAUAAGGAAUCAAAUGUUUCUCUUUCCUUUGUACCAUGAAAACUUACUCACAAAACUAUGUAGCUUUAUACAGUGCUUAACAAAUUAAUUAAACAAAACAAUUAUUGUCAUUUAUUAGGCAAAUAAUAAUCUGUAACAAAUGAAUAUUCUUUAAUCACUUGCUGCUUAUAUAGCCUAUUUUAUUUUUAUUUUGAAUGGCCUCCUUUGGCCUUAAUAACAGCUUGCAUUUUUGCUGGCAUUGUUUUUAUGUACUUUUCCACAAUCUCUGUUGUUAUUGACUUCCACAUAGUUUCUAGUUGUUCCCAAAGACUUGCUUUUGAUUAACCUUUUGUGCAGUCUAUCUUUGUAUUCCUAUAAACUCCAAUAAUUAACAAUAAAACAAAUUAAUAAAGCAAUAAUUAUAUUUUUGCAUUAGAAAUGUGACUGUGGCUAAAGAGCUUAUACAUACUAGGGGAUUAACCAUUACAGAAACAUACAAAAAAUUAUUUCGGUAAUCACCAAUACUGUUAGUUUAGUGCAGCUGUGGCACAAACCAUACAUUGGGUCUAAUCAAUUUGUUAAGCACUGUAUAAGUUGAGCGGAGGACAACAAUGACUCUAAAAAGUCUACACACUUUCUUUGUUGGCCAUUAGAAGUCUGAAGUGAUUAACAGAUUGGAUUAUUGUCAUUACUUGAGCUAAUGGGCUCUAGUUGUCAUUGCCAAGGGACACCAAAGAGUCUUAAUCUGCCAAUGCUCAUUCAAUGCAAGUUUUUGACAUCAACUGCAGGACACCAGUUGGAUGUUCAAAAACAGUAAAAAAUGAAUAGGGUGAAAAGAGAGGUUGUGAAAUGCUAAAUUAUGAUUUUACCAACAUUAUAAUUCAACCUCAAGAGGGAAAAAUUAUACCAUCUCUUUACAUCUUCACUAUAAGAACUUGUCUGUGUACAAAGAAAUUAUGACUUAACAGACAGCAGAUAUGUUGUCAUUAUUGUUUGCAUGAGUGAGUAAGGUUACCCAAAAUCUGUUCAAAAAAGAAAAUCUACACAACCAAAUUGAUUGCUUGAUUAUGCAAACAUUCAUUAUGGAACUAUUUCUGAUUAUUUUCUGAUAUUUUUUUUUAUUCUUAUUACUAUAAAUUAUUAUUUAAGGUACUACAUUUCCACCAAAUCUGUAAAUGAAUUUAUACAAAAUAAAUAAAUUAUUAAAUAAAAAAUAAAUGACUGAACCUGUAGAGAAAUAAAAAGACAAAUACUAAUACAUUCAUUAGAGACAUGUAUAAACAUUUUUUUUAGAGGCUGCAGACUUCAAUUACAUUUCACUAAACAAAUGAAAAGUCUGUUGUUAUUCUAGUGCUGCAUGACCUUCUUUCUUUUUCAGACCAGAAGGAGAGAUAAUAAUAAUAAUAUUUAUAAAGUGCUGGUUACGCUUAUCCAUAUAAUGGCAAUAAUAUGAAUUGCGAUCAACUUUAAACAUUAAAUAAAAAGAUCACAGAUUGAUCACAUUUUCCAAAUGUUCUGAGGGCAUAUAUGAUAUGGUUUGGUGAAAAAUAAUCCAAAAUUAAAAUUAUUAUUUUGGUACAUUUCUGACUUUGCCCAUUGGUUUACUUAAAGAGUACAUAAUGGCUGAAUUUUAAUUUCUUGGUGUCCUCUCCCUUUAACUCUGUGGACUAGCCACCUUCAAAAUACCCAACCAAUCCCAUCUUACUAACUAGUGCAUCCACCAUAAAACCAGACAAACUGUUCCUCUUUCCUAAUGUACAUAAGAUUUCUGCAUGUUUGGAUUGUUUAAAAGUAAUUGGAUAGAAAUCUUACAAAAAUGUUUCCACAACACUUAAAACUAAUAAUGAGAACAGAAAAAUAAACGCAUAACAUUCCCUUCCACGUUUUGAUAAACCAUGAGAAGUUCAUACUGUGGAUUAAAGUUUGUAACUCUCAUUCCCAAAUCAACAUUAUUCACAGUCUCCAAAGAUUAUUGUUUCUGUAAAAUUCAAACAUUUCUUUACACAUAAUCAACAGAUGAAUAAUGCGUUGUAAUGUCACAUUUCUUCACCACUUUAUGAGCACAUUCUGCUCCAGUUUCUACGGAACAGUCUGUACAAAUUUGUGAGAACAAAGAACAGUAACCAAUGGGACGGAGCUUAUUGAAGGGGCAAUUGAAAAUGCACCUGACACUGACAAUUGCACCUUAUGGAGAGUAAGAUUUAUUUCAUCUACAUUAUAAGUUGUCAAAUGCAGACUAAGCUGAAUUUCAAGUUGCGACCAAACAAAAAUGUUUGCCUCUGUAUCUGUAAGAUGCACCUGCAGUCCAUGUAGAGCUCUGACUGGCCCACUGUAAAUACUGCAGGACUGAAUGUAAUCAAUAUUGUCACAAACUGCUUCUAGAUUCCUGUUCGUUUUUUUUAAGUGUACCAAUGGUGUACACCAUUGGAUAUGGGAAUGUUAAUCAAGGCUUCCAAUGGUUGUGUCAGCAUGCGACGUGUGUAGAGUGUGUAGAGUUUGGAGAUGUAAGCUACAUUCUAAUGGUGCUAUCUUAGGUAGUCGUGCACUUUCUGAUCCCAUGCGAGUGUGUGUGUGUGUGUGUGUGUGUGUUCACUCUGGAGUAAUGCUGCCAACCCAGUUUACUACAGAGUCAGAGUUGAGAGGAUCUGUUCAGCACUGCUCGCCUCAGUCACCCAAGAUCAUGCGCAACCAGUUGUCGUUCCCCUCAUAUGCACUAUGUUUAGAGACUUUUAUCUUUGUUAUUAAUAUUAUUGCUCCUAUUAUAUUAUUAUUGACACAAUUAUUGAUUAUUCCAAUUGUUAUUUUGUUAAUUGGAGUUCAAUUUAAAUUAACUUAUAUUUUUUAUACAAAGUUUUGCAUUUUUGUUUUGUACAGAACAAAUUGUGCAUUAUGUAAUAAAGCAAAUGGUCAUUUAGAGAGACUGCACACUGUUGCCCGAGAUAAAUGUCUCAACUCUAAAUAUAUGAGCAGCAGUAAUUAUUU